CUACCGGCUUAUGUGUGUAAGUGAAUAUCGGAAGGUAACUACGGAUCCGUACACAGCAACACAGCGACUUCCCAGGGGAAUUUCCACAUCGUGAUGCUCAGGUCCCGGCAACUCUUAGAGACUUGAAGUGAAAACGACCUUGACCUACGAGGCCUCCCGAUCUCCCAGAAUGCACCACAGCCGCAGGAUCCGAGAAAGUGGUAGAAGGCGGGAAGGUACGUCAGCUAUCGGGGGCUUGGCAGGAUCGCCCAUUGACCUCCAUCUCAGCCGCGCCUUCCAGAACAUUUUCUUGCCGUUCAUCCUUUGUCCUGCUCGGCUGCCUGAUGCUCACGCGCGGCCUCAUUGGUUGCGUUACAUUCUUCGAUUUGCCGUCUCCUGGCAAAUGAGUCUCUACGUUCUUACCGUCUUUUACCCGACUGAUCCGGCGGGGCGGUUCAUUACCUGAGAAGAUGAUGGGAAUUACAUCAGAUUACCACAUUCAAGCAGCAUCGGCCAGGCCAGAAGAUGGAAGAUGCCGCACGCCAUAAAGCAC